AUUAUAUUACGAGCUAAAAAAUGAUAAAUCCCGUAACCAUGUGGUGGUGGGAAGAGCAUUUGAAUUAGGAGUUGCUCUCACUUCCUCCGUUCUCGGCGGCGGCGGAGGCGGAGGCGAUGGUCGCCAUGGACGUUCUCCUCCUCUCCGUCGCCGAAACCCUAGCCAUCUCCCACCCUCAAGCCAUCCUCCGCCGCUCGCCGGAAAACCACCAUCUCUCCGGUGCCGGACCCGCCGCCCCCUUCCCCAAACCCACUCGCCGCUCCUUCCCCCGCCUUGUAGCCGCCUCUGCGCGCGCCGCCGCGGCGCCGUGGCCGUCGCCGUCGUCGGCCGGGGCCGGCGCGGCUUCGCCUCCUCCCUCCUCCUCUGGCCCCGCGAGUACAAAGUGGGUGGUGGUGAUGGAGAAACCCCCUGCUGGUGGAUCGUCGAGAGCGGAAGUCGUCGAUUACUACGUCGAAACCCUAGCUAGGGUUUUGGGAAGUGAAAAGGAGGCCCAGAUGUGUAUAUAUGAUGCGUCGUGGCAAACAAAUUAUGGUUUUUGCUGCGAAAUUGAUGAAGCGUCGUCGCAAGAGCUCGCCCGUAUGCCUGGCGUUUUAUCCGUUAAGCCUGAUAGAGAUGAAGAACUUGGAAAGAAGGAUUAUGGCAAUUUGAACCUCUCGUUUGUUGACCAGUUGGAAUCUAACAGCAGUCCUCCUAAAUUUUCUCCAUCAACGGGGAGAAACGAAUACUGGCUUGUUCAAAUGGAGAAGCCUGGGGUUGAAGUCGUGACUAAAGCACAAAUGGUGGAUCAUUACACUCAGAUCCUAACAAAGGUUUUGGGAAAUGAGAAGGAUGCACAAGUUUCGAUAUAUAACAUCUCAUGGGAGAAGGAUUUUGGGUUUUGCUGCCAUGUUGACAAGGAAUGUGCACGAGAGCUAGCUGAUGUCCCUGGGGUCCUGUCCGUUCGACCUGAUAAUAAUUUUGGGUCAGAUAACAAAGAUUACAGACGUCCGUCAGAUCAUGGCAACUCACCGAAGACAUCAGAAACAAAUCAGUUGCCAGAUGUCAAAACCAAAAGGCUUUUUGUGACUGGACUUUCAUUCUAUACAUCUGAGAAAACUUUGCGUGCGGCUUUUGAAGGAUUUGGUGAACUCAUUGAAGUCAAAAUAAUAAUGGACAAGAUAUCGAAAAGGUCGAAGGGUUAUGCCUUCAUAGAGUACACGACAGAAGAAGCAGCAGGUGCUGCUUUGAGAGAGAUGAAUGGGAAGAUAAUUAAUGGCUGGAUGAUAGUUGUUGAUGUCGCUAGAACUAACCCUCCCAAAUACAGCAGGGGCCGCCCUCGGCCGUCAAGCCCAUCGGCUUCUUCGUAUUAAAUGGUCUCUUCAUGUGUGGGUAUACUGCCAGAGAUCAAAAGGCAUGGGGUGAAUGUUGAUUUGCCUGGUCCGAAUGUGUUCCUUUUAGUUCCUUCAGUAGGUUAAUUAUAUAACAUUAUAGCUCUAACAGAGUUUCCCCAUCUGAUACUCUUAUUCUUUGAGCUCUGAUGAUCAACCUUUGCUUUCUUGUGCUUAUUAAUUGAUAUAUAGCAAGUAUUGGCUAAGUCGUGCUAUGAUACAAAUAGAAUUUUGUCGAACAACUAUUUCUAUAGAAAAUGUUAGAAUUUGUUCUAUAUUGUCAA